UCUCGACAUUCCAGCCAACAUCAAGUAUACCCACGGCCCACCGCCCGCCGCACGAUGGCCGCCGAAUUCGACGACGUUCUUAUGAACCAGCCCGUCGUCAUUGACAAUGGCUCGGGCACGAUCAAGGCCGGUUUUGCGGGGCAGGAGCAGCCGACAUGCUACAUCCCGAGCUUCGUCGGGCGGCCCAAGCACCCGCGCGUGAUGGCCGGCGCGAUCCAGGACACGCACUUCAUCGGCAAGCGGGCGCAGGAGCUGCGCGGCCUCCUCAAGGUCAAGUAUCCGAUCGAGCACGGCGUCGUCACCGACUGGGACGACAUGGAGCGUAUCUGGAAUUGGGUGUAUACCGAGGGUCUUUCCGCGCUGUCCGAGGAGCACCCCGUGUUGCUCACGGAGGCGCCGCUGAAUCCGCGGCAGAACAGGGACACUGCGGCACAGAUCUUCUUCGAGACGUUCAAUGUGCCCGCGUUCUUCACGAGUAUUCAGGCUAUUUUGUCGCUCUAUUCGACGGGAAGGACGACGGGGAUUGUGCUCGACUCGGGAGACGGCGUAACCCACGCCGUGCCCGUCUUCGAGGGGUUUGCGCUGCCGCACGCCAUCCAGCGGAUAGACCUUGCAGGGCGCGACGUGACCGAACACCUCCAGCUCCUCCUCCGCAAGGCAGGGCAUUACCUGCACACCAGCGCGGAGAAGGAGGUCGUGCGCACGAUCAAAGAGCGCACCUGCUACCUCUCGCUGAACCCGACGAAGGAGGAGAAGGACAACGGGGGCGCGUGGGAGGAGUUCCGGCUGCCGGACGGCAAGGUGAUCCAGCUCGGCUCGGAGCGGUUCCUGGCCCCCGAGAUCCUCUUCAACCCCGACCUCGUGGGCGAGGAGUAUCCGGGCGUGCACCAGGUGAUCGUGGACUCGAUCAACCGCGCCGACUUGGACCUGCGCAAGGCGUUGUUUGCGAAUAUCGUGCUCUCGGGCGGCUCGACGCUGUGUACCGGCUUCGGCGACCGGCUGCUGCACGAGGUCAAGAAGCUGUCGCUCAAGGACGUCAAGCUCAAGAUAUAUGCGCCGCCCGAGCGCAAGUACUCCACCUGGAUCGGGGGGUCCAUUCUCGCGGGCCUUUCGAGCGCACGCAAGAUCUUCAUCACCGCAGACGAGUAUAAGGAGGACCCGGACAUCAUCCACAAGAAGGGCUUCUGAUAGACUAUGUGUAAUGCCAUACCCGGACGAGUGUAAUGUAUACCUGCAUAUAGACGGCUAG